AUGACAGCAGACGACAAGAAAUUUGCCUUUUCGGUCAAGACGGAUGACUGGGACCACUAUGCCAGGUACCGGCCGUCCUACCCGGAGUCUAUGUGGACCACAUGGCUGGAUUUCCACCAGGGACCUCUGGAGAGCAUCAUGGAUGUCGGCACCGGCGGCGGUAUUGGGGCCGCGAGUUUUCUCGCCGUCGCCAGCUCCCGCGGCCAGCAGGUCAACCGCGUCUAUCUUUCGGACCCAAAUGAAAAUAACCUGGCCGCCGCCAAAAAGAAUUUCACUUCCGAGCGCUACCCAGGCAUUCAAUUCUUCUUUCACCGCGGUCCUGCCGAGGAGGCCUUUCCAGGUCUGAGCCCUGGAUCGGUGGACAUGCUCAUCGCUUGUGCCAGUAUUCACUGGACCGAGAUCGACACGGCGAUGAGCACCAUUGCCGACACCCUUCGUCCUGGCGGCACGUUCGGCGCAGUGGUCUACCCACAACCAACUAUCAAAGACGACGAGCAGGCUGCGGAUGCCUUGGCAGCUGUGUUCGAGAAACGCAGGCGCUUCCAGGAUCAAGGCGACGCAGAGAAGGACGUGACGAAAUCUGUCCGAGCACGAGCAUUUAGGAACUUGUCCAUUGGCCUGGACUAUGUCCCCUUUGAUCCAUCCAAGUGGGCAACUGUUCAUCGAAGGACGGCAAACCUGCCCAAGGACGGCAAGUGGCCACUGCGAGACUCAACUUGGGCGCAUUACGGAGAGCCCAAGUUAGCAGUCUUGAAAGGCGAACAGGUAGAAGUUGUUGAAGAAGACGAAUGGUGGAGCAGGAAAGGUUACUCCAUUGAGCAGCUCAAGGAGUUUUUUCAGACCCUUGGAUAUGAGCCUUUCGUCAUGGAUGGUAGACUCUGGGAGACUGACGCGUUCAGCCAAUUCGAGAAACUCGUUAGGGAGAGAGGCGGCGAUUUUGAAUUAGUCUGGCCCGCCGCAACGGUUCUGGGCAGGAAGAAGUAA